AUGGAAACACCGAAGGUGACAUGUGACGAUGUGAAUGAGCUCGUUGCGAUGUGCUCCAUAUCGCUUGAGAAGGCCAUCACGUCCCUUCAACAAUGCUCUUCUAGCCUCUUUGUGCUUCUUUACCAGCGUCUUUACAACUGUACCAUCAAAGACAUUGAAAGCUCCCCAUAUACGCUGCAACAAAAGCAAUGGAAUGUCACACGCGUAUUGAAUGAACUGCGAGACAAGAGGGGUAUUGACGUUGCGGGCAUUGACGCAGAGCAGAUUAUACAAUUUAAUGAAGAGCACAUCAGUCGACUAAUUACGCUUUUUUUGAAUAUUGCAUACAAAAUGAGACUGCAAGGGGGUGUGGGGGCCGGUGCUUCCAUUCCAGUUGGCUCUGGGAAGUUACCGUCAACGCGAAAUUUGUUGCCUACAGCUGUGUCAAGACCGGUGUUAGCAGAGUUACCGCAUGAAUCCGCAGAAGAUGGAACGUGGUAUGCCCCAGUAAGAACUGUGGAAGAAGGGGAACGAAUGUUACACAUGGAUGAAAUGCAUUUUGCCCAAUUCCCUCAGGAACAUGCUAAGGUUGCUCCUCUGGAUAUGGACGAGGAACGUGUCGGUCAGCUCCCAGGACCGCUCUCUCUCCCACAUCACACGCACCACGGCCAUCAUAGACAUGUCCCAGAAAUGGAAGAAAGGGCGGGUGGGGGUACCACGGGGGAUGUUGCCUUCAUGAGAUCAGGCGAGGAAGAUGAGGAUGAAGAGGAUAUUCUUAUGGGAACCCCUGUAAAGGAUGAACAUGAAUACGGCGGCAGUGCUGGUAGUUAUGGUAAUGGAGAUGAGGAAGAAAUACCCACAAACCAGUUAGUGAAUGCAUGGAACGCCGAGGUCAUCCCGCCCAAACAAUACAAUCGGGUCAUUAAUUCCUCCGACAUUGCGGAUGUACGGGAACGGUUGAGCCUAAUGGAAGAACAACUGAUAAAUGAGGCCCGCCAACGUGAGAGACGUCAGCGGACCGGGGUGCCACGCCACCUCGACAGCAGUCAGGUUGGCUUCUUUGACCAUGAUGGGAAAGUUGCCAGGAGACUCAGGCGGCGCGAGAAGCCCAAGGUUGUGUUUCCUCGCAGUCUCGUUCCAGACACCGUCUCAAAAGAGGAUUUCCUCCGCCAAGAACCGAAGCGCAUGAUUGAUUACACCCUGAGAAAUGAAAAGAUUGAAAUGCUUCGUUCCGUACGUCUCAUUGAUGAUCUCCAGAAGGAAAUUCGGCGGAAAAUGUUCCAACGACACAACGACGCAACGCGACAACUACGCGAGAAUCUACGGCAGUCAUUGGAAGAAGAUCGACGGGAAAAAUUGGAGCGUAUGCGGCAGAUUAAGGAUGAGGAUCAAAAGUACCGCAGCGCUUACAAAGCCAUCAUGGCUGCUGCCUGUAAUGAUCUUCGUACCGCAGAAGAUCUUAUGAUGGAACGCACCCGACAGUUGGCAGAGUAUCAUUCACACUCGCUACGGGAGAGCCGUCGCAUGUGUCAAUACAUGAAGCGGGAGAGCAAGGAACGGAUGCGGCACGAUCUCCUUCGCUAUGCGAGUACGGUAACGGGAUGGCAGUCACAUUUUGUCAGUUAG